UCAUAACUAUUUUGAUAAUUCAACAAAUAAUUGUAUUCUGAUAUUCAAAAGAACUUUUUGAUUUUCGAAAAUUGAUGGACUUAUUAAAUGUUUUCGACAGAAUAAAGUGUAAACCAAUAUUUCAGAAAUGGCUUGUGGCUCAUUAUCACAUAAUGUGCUCAUCUCGGAACUCGAACAGAUUAUGAACAUUUUGGAACGAGGUACAAUUGUCACAAGAUUCUAUUUGAAAAAGCGGCCUGAGAAACGAACAUUGAGACUACGAAAAGAAACGCGACAGAUUCUAUGGUCCAGGACUAGUAGUACCAAUAAUAAGACAUUUGAUGGCUCUUUGGACCUCAAAGAUGCCAAAGAAGUACGUUGUGGUAGAAAUAGUAAAGAAUUCGAUAGAUGGCCUGAUGAAUUAAAGAAAUUUGAAGCGACCAAAUGCUUUGUCAUAUUUUAUGGAAACGAAUUCAAAUUGAAAACUCUGUCUGUUGUUGCAUUAUCCGAACAAGAAUGUGAACUGUGGCUAAAAGGUUUGUAUCAUCUUGUAAAUGAUACUGUUUGUGCUCCAUAUCCAUUGCAAGUUGAAAGAUGGCUACGCAAAGAAUUUUAUAUCAUGGAAAAUUCGAGAGAAACAGUAACAUUGAAAGAUGUAAAAUCUUUUUUUCCUCGAGUUCAUUGCAAAAUAUCAACCAGUAAAUUACGCGAGUUGUUUCAAGAAGUCGACACAAGGAAGCGCAAUGAGCUUAAUUUUGACGAGUUUGUCUCCCUCUAUAAUAAACUUAUCUAUAAUUCAGGGAUUUUCAAUGAAUGUUUUUCAAUGUAUUGUUCUGCUGAUGAUACAUUCAAUGUUCAAAAUCUUACUAGGUUUCUGAACGCUGAGCAAGAAAGUUUAUGUCUUGAAGAAGAACUUGUGGCUAAACAUAUGAAAGAAUAUUUCAAGUAUUGUGGAAAAGAUUCAAAUGAUAAGCUACAAUUUACCGCAACAGACUUUAUGGAUUAUUUAUUUUCAAAACAAAAUGAGAUAUGGGAUCAAUAUUAUGACAAUAUAUUUCAGAACAUGACAAAACCACUUUCACAUUAUUGGAUAGCUUCUUCUCAUAAUACCUAUUUAACUGGUGAUCAAGUAUCUAGUGAAAGUUCAAUUGAGGCAUAUGUAAGGUGUUUACGUUGGGGUUGUCGCUGUAUAGAAUUAGAUUGUUGGGAUGGUCCAGACGGACUGCCAAUAAUAUAUCAUGGACAUACAUUAACCAGCCGAAUAAAAUUUUUAGAUGUCUUAAAAACAAUUAAAGAACAUGCUUUUGUUACUUCUCCGUAUCCAGUUAUUUUAUCAAUAGAGGACAACUGUUCAAUACCACAACAGCGAAAUAUGGCAUCAACUAUGAUUGAAGUUUUAGGAGAUAUGUUAGUUACACAACCAGUUGACCGGAAUGAAACUAAAAUGCCUUCACCUGAUCAACUUAUGUAUAAGUUCAUAAUAAAACAUAAAAGACUUCCAGAUAAAGUUAAUGGAGACCAAGCAGUAACAAUUAGACAUCAUGAUGAUUCUAAAGACACUGAUUUAAGAAAUACAAAAAAAAACGGAGUACUUUAUCUAGAAGAUCUGCUGGAAAAAGAAUGGAGACCUCAUUUUUUUGUACUUUCUGGUAAUAAACUCUAUUAUACAGACCUCUGUAAAACAGAUAUUGAUAAUGAAGAUGAAGCAGAAGGAGGAGAGUUGGAAACUUGUGAAGUAUCAAAUGCAAAUCGAUUAAGAGAAGGUAUACCUAAUGAUGAAUUACAUUUUGGAGAAUACUGGUUUCAUGGAAAAUUAGCUCGUGGUAGAAAUGAAGCUGAAGAACUAUUGAAACAGUAUCAGCAUUUUGGAGCUGGUACAUUUUUAGUAAGACAAAGUGAUACAUUCAUUGGUGAUUAUUCCCUUUCAUUCUGGCAUUUAGGUAAAGUAAACCAUUGCAGAAUACGUUCAAAGCAUGAUAGAGGUCAAAUAAAGUAUUAUUUGAUUGAUGGUGCUACAUUUGACAGUCUAUAUAGUUUGAUAACUUAUUAUCGUACAUAUCCAUUACGUAUACAAGAGAGCUAUAUUAUUUUAAAUGAACCUGUACCUCAACCUUUAAAACAUGAAGGGAUGAAUUGGUAUCUUCCUCACGUUUGUAGAAGUCGAGCAGAGGCAUUAUUGAGACGAGUACCACAAGAAGGUGCAUUUUUGGUGCGACCAUGUGAAAAUGAUAAACAUCUUUAUGCUAUUUCAUUUAGAGCUGAAAAGAAGAUUAAACACUGUCGCAUUAAGCUUGAAGGUCGAUUAUACACUAUUGGUGUAAAGCAGUUUGAAAGCCUAGUGGAACUUAUUAAAUAUUACGAACAAAAUUAUUUGUAUAAAAAAAUUAAGCUAUGGUUUCCUGUAAAUGAAGAUAUUGUUCAAAGAAUGGGAACUGAUAUCGACGAUUCUUCUAUUUCGUGUACUCCUGGUUAUAUGGAUCCGAGUAGUUUCAUCAAGAAGGUUACUGUAAAAGCAACAUUUGAUUAUGAGAGCCGACAAGAUGAUGAAUUGUCAUUUUGUAAGCAUGCUGUAAUUACAAAUGUAGUGAAACAGGACAGUGGUUGGUGGCGUGGUGAUUAUGGUGGAAAACGCCAACAUUGGUUUCCCAGUAAUCAUGUAGAAGAAUUACAGGAAGCACACAUAGAAAAAUCUGACAGUGGUUCAACAGAGUCGAUGUUUUUGGGAAAUUCACAAAAAGGAAGUUUAGACUUAACUGGUGCUUUAGUUGAGAUUGGCAAAUUAAAUCAAUUAAAACUUGAGUGGAUGAUCAAAAUACAAACUUCUAAUGCAUGCACCCCAUUCGUUGUAGGCGCAGUAUCACGGGAACAAGCUGAAGAAUGGAGAAAUCUUAUUAUUGAAACUGCUCACAAUGCCAGUGCAAGAGAAACAGAAAAUAAAAAAAUGGAAAGACAGUUGAAAAUUGCCAAAGAAAUAUCUGAUCUUAUUAUUUAUUGUCGAUCAGUGGCUUUUUGUCUAGAAACUCAACGAGAACGUGGAUUUGUACAUAAUGAAAUGUCUUCUUUUCCUGAAAAUAAAGCGGAAAAACUUAUGUGUCAUCAAGAAAGUGUGUUUUUCUUUCGUUAUCAUCAAGUUCAAUUUAGUAGAGUAUUUCCUAAAGGUCAACGCAUUGACUCUUCUAAUUAUUCACCAAUAGCUAUAUGGAAUACAGGAUGUCAGAUGGCUGCUCUGAAUUACCAGUCACCAGAUAAAGCAAUGCAAUUAAACCAAGCCAAAUUUCGUUUGAAUGGUGGUUGUGGAUAUGUAUUGAAACCAGAUUAUAUGUUAGAUGAAAGUGAUAAACUUUCAACUAAUUGGAUGGAAGAGACAUUGUCUAUAACAAUUUGCAUUAUUGCUGGUCGACAUGUUGGUAGACCCGGCCGUAAUGGAAUUUCUAAUCCAUUUGUUAUUGUUGAGGUGUAUGGAGCUGAAUACGAUUCAGGAUUAAAAUUAAAUACCCGCACAAUACCUGACAAUGGAUUUAAUCCAGUUUGGAAUGAAACAUCUGAAUUUGAAAUUGCAAAUCCUGCAGUUGCAUUUAUUAGGUUUGUCGUGAAUGAUGAAGAUAUGUUUGGUGAUUCUAAUUUCAUAGGACAAGGAACAUAUCCGAUAAUUUCAUUGAGGUCAGGCUAUAGAAGUAUUCCAUUAAAAAAUGGCUAUUCUGAAGAUAUUCCUUUGGCAUCUCUCUUAUUACAUAUUACAAUCAGAAGUAAUACUGUUAGUAAAACAAACAAUAACUUUUUUUUAAAAUCACUAAGUUAAUUAUUUUGAGCAUAAGUAAAUGAUUAUUAUUUAUUUCUAACUAAUUAUUUUUUAACUUUUUCAUUUAAAUAAAUAAUAAA